AUGACAGGUUCGGUGUUGGAGAAACUUCUAGAAGCUCGUCUUGGUUGCAAUGUUUGUGAUCGACAGGACUGUUUGGCUGCAGUCAUUAUAUGGAAACCUUUAGACUUUGUCUUCUUGAGGAGCGGUACAUUCCAGUCGGAUGCUGGUGAACUUUGCUCCGAUGGUGACGAUGUUGCGGACGAGUCCCUUGAGGGCAAAGAAUCAACUUGGGAGCUGUUCACACAAUCUGAUCGAGGUAGCAUAUGCUUGAUGGCGUCGCUGCUCCAAGAGUUCUGGAUCCGGUUCACGGAACUGGAACAUCUGAUCUUCCGCUCUGAUGGACCUCGAACCAUUUGUCGGGGACUAAAUACAGGGUUAUCCCGUACACACAAGGUUGGAGAUUUGGUUGGCUGUACAUUGCAAGUGAGCAAGACCCUGGGAGAUUUGCAGCAUUCCGGUGAAGCACAGUAUUGUAAUUUACAAAUUGCAGGAGAUAAAGGAACCACGACGGACUCCGCUGUUUGA